AUGUCCAUUCCCUGCACAGACAACUCAACCGACUCAAUCAACCAAGCAGGCCCUAGCCAAGCACAUGCACCACCCUCUAGUAUCUGCACCCAAUGCAACUCCCAACCCUCCAAAUACACCUGCCCUCGCUGCCAAACAAAAACAUGCUCUCUACCCUGUUCCCGAGCACACAAAACCACAACAGGCUGCUCAGGCGAACGCGACCGCACCACAUACGUACCAAUGAACCAAUACGGUUAUAGCGCACUUAUGAAUGACUAUGUCUUCCUUGAAGAAGUCGGGAGGAAGGUAGAAGGUUGGGGACGGGAGAUCGUUUCUAAUAAGCUUCACGCUGUUGCUGGUGCUACUCGUGGUAUGAGUAUUCGAGGUCGAGGAAUGAAUGCCCGAAGUCGGGGAAGAGGGAUGUCUAGGGUAUUUCGUCAUGGACAUGACAAGAGAAGCUACUUGGCUAUGCAGUUGAGCAUAAGAGACAUUGAAAUGGAUGUUCUGCCUCACGGUAUGAAGAGAGCCAGCCAAAACAUGUCGGUUUGGGAUGGAAAAGGAAAACGUGCACUUCUCACUAUUGAACUUGUCUUCGAACCUCCUCCGGACCCCUUCACGCGAGAGGUGUUGAAAUCUACAUCUUUAAUUUCCAACAAAAACGACUGGGACCAAACUAUCCGACGAAUUAUCAAGACAAAUCUGAAGCGGUCACAGAAGGCUCGUGACUAUGAAGCGCUUCUCCAGUGGCUAAGUCUCGAAGACGAGGAUGAGACUGUCCCAACAAGCGUUCUGUGCUUGAUGAAAAGACCCAGAACUGAUGAUGACUCGCUCGUCACGAACCCAACACGUCCUUCGUAUUACAAACUAGACUGGAACCAAAAGCUAUCAAAGGCGUUCCGUUACAAACAUUUUGUCGAAUUUCCGACCAUUAUUGUAACGGAUGAGACUUCGUUUAGCGGAAUACUCGUUGAUGACAGCGGGGCAACCGAGGACCUACAUGAGAGGCAGCCAAAGAGACGUAAGCUCGACGUGGACCAGGUGAGGAAGACCAUGUCUGGUCUUGUGGGCGAUUACGGCUCUGAAGACGAGGAGGAAGCGAAUGUCUUGGAGACAUUGGCCAAUUAUUCAGAAAACGACGAGGAUGACGCAACAUCAGACCAAGACGUGUGUGGGAUAUUAGGCGAGGCCGAUGAAGAGCAUGCGGACUAUGCCCAGGAUACUCUAGACACAGAACCGGCAGCGGAUAAUCUGGUUGUAGAAGAUGGUUCCGAUGACGAGACCCUCGACUGGGGUGACGAGGAGAUUGCAGAGGAUGAAGCGAAAAUCGCAAGCCUCUCCGAUGCUAUUCGUCAACGAUACGCGACGGCGCAGAAAUAG